CCCCAGAAUUUAAGAUGGGGAUAUGCUGAUAUAUCCCAUUGUUCUAAUCAGUAUUCAGUAUGAAUUGGUUAUAAAAGACUGGUGUUGCCAUCUCAUGUUCUUCUCUUCAUCCUUCGCCUCAAUUCGAUAAUACAAGUAUACUCUCACAGUUAAACUUCAUUUCAUCAUGCUUAAAGGUCUUUUCCUCACCGUGCUAGCAACGGGACUUCUCGUCCAAGCAACUCCAGUGCCAGUGCCAGAACCAACCGGAGUACCAACCACAGCUACUGCUAAUACCGAGCUUGCCGGUCUGACUGUGGCUGCGGCCGGAAGUCAAGAUGGUUAUGCGAGAGAUUUGUUCCCUACUUGGAACACUAUCUCCGGCACUUGCAAUACACGUGAGACCGUUUUAAAGCGCGACGGUGAAAAUGUCGUCGUUAAUUCCGCCUGUGCUGCCACAUCUGGAACCUGGGUAUCUCCAUACGAUGGUGCCACCUGGACCGCCGCCUCCGAUCUCGAUAUCGAUCAUCUUGUUCCCUUGAGUAACGCUUGGAAAUCAGGUGCUUCUGCAUGGACUACGGCUCAACGCCAGGCUUUUGCUAACGACCUUGUCAACCCACAAUUGUUGGCUGUUACCGAUAAUGUCAAUGAGAGUAAGGGAGACAGUGGACCGGAAGAGUUCAAGCCCUCUUUGACUUCGUACUGGUGCACAUAUGCAAAAAUGUGGAUCAAGGUCAAAUCUGUCUAUAAACUUACCGUCACAAGUGCGGAGAAGGCGGCAUUAGUUACUAUGAUGGCUACUUGUUAAAUGGCUGGUAUUUUUCGGUUAAAAUGAAGGGUGGAAUGUAUAUAGGGAACGAGCUUGAGAUGAUUUACGAUGGAAAGAAAUGACAAUAGCACGGAAAACUCUAAAGAGUUGAAGUUGCAGUGGGAGGGAGCGGAAAUGAGAUGAUUUGAAAUGGGCGAUGGCUCAGGAGUUAUGGUGUUCAUGUUCAAUUUAUUUACCAGAGGUCUGACUGAGAGAAAGACGUGAGUGGAAAAUUACACGGGAUUCACUGGAAUCAUAACAAUUUUACCUAGUAUCAUGGUCUAAUGGCUCAUUGAUAUGCU